UCGGCAACCGUUAGACGGAGGCGCGAGGCGGAGCGGAGGGGGCCGCCACCUAGGGAGGGUCCGCCGAUUGGGGCCAAAUUUGCGGCGCGCGGUGGCCAGCCCCCGCCGGAUCCGGGCAUCCGGCGACGGCGACUCGGGCGACGCCUCCUCCACGGAGGGGAAGCCAGGGAGGGCGGACGGGAGGAGCAACCCGGCGUCUGGCAAAAGGGAGGCUGGGAGGAGAUCCGGCGGUUGGCUGGCUCCCCGGCGCGGCUUGCGGCGGCCACCUGCCGUACCGCCGCACUGGAGCGGAGCAAGAGCUGAGGAGCGGCGGGGAAGCAGCCAACCCCAGCAGCAGCAGCAGCAGCAAGCCGGCAGGCAAGCAGCGAGAGCCAUGUGACCCCCUACCAAAGAAUAUCCUGGCUAGGUGCUUCUCGCUGACCAUCGAAACACAGAGCUUCAUGUCUGCCCAGUGCAAGCUGGUUGCGCUUGGUGCACUGAUCUUCUUCCUUCUUGUCUCGUAUGGCUCAUGCACUAGGAUCGUCAACUUUAAUGCCUCCCACAUCACGGCGGAUCCCUACUGGGUGGCUGCCAGGGCCACUUGGUAUGGUGCGCCAACCGGCGCUGGCCCCUACGACAACGGUGGCGCUUGUGGGUUCAAGAAUGUGAACCUGCCUCCUUUCUCGGCCAUGACAUCGUGCGGCAACCAGCCCCUGUUCAAGGAUGGCAAGGGCUGUGGCUCGUGCUACCAGAUACGAUGCGUCAACCACCCCGCGUGCUCUGGCAACCCGGAGACGGUGAUGAUCACCGACAUGAACUACUACCCAGUCGCUAAGUACCACUUUGACCUCAGCGGCACGGCGUUUGGUGCCAUGGCACAGCCCGGCCGCAACAACGAGCUCCGCCACGCCGGCAUCAUCGACAUCCAGUUCAGGAGGGUGCCCUGCAUCUACCCCGGGCAGACGGUGACCUUCCACAUCGAGCACGGCUCAAACCCCAACUACUUAGCAGUGCUUGUCGAGUUCGAAGACGGCGAUGGCGAUGUGGUCCAGGUGGACAUCAUGGAGGCCAACUCCGGGUGGUGGACGCCGAUGCGGGAGUCGUGGGGAUCCAUCUGGAGGAUGGACUCCAAGCGCCGGCUGCAGGGGCCCUUCUCGCUGCGCAUCACCAACGAGUCCGGCGAGAGGCUGGUGGCUUACCAGGUCAUCCCGGCGAACUGGGCGCCCAACACCUACUACCGCUCCAACAUCCAGUAUGAGGCUUUUGGCUCUGCUGCUGGACAGGCUAUUGGCUUUGGCUCUGCUGUUGGACUGGUCAUUAGCUCUGCUGCUGGACUGCACACGGUAAUUACCGGCAUCAUUGGCUUGAUCUGUUUGGUAUUGUAUCAUUUGCAUGGGAUUGAGGUGCCUCAGUUUUAAUUAGCACUUGAGAGGUGACAUGUCAGGUGUCCUACGCUGUAGGUGGUGUUUUGUGUCUUUAGAGAUUUGACGAAUGGGAUGUCUGCCUGGGCCGUCGUCGGUCCAGAGUUUCAUUUUCUCGAAAAAGAAUUUAUGAACCCAAAUAAUUUUCCUAUGAAUUUCGUUGAUUCC